UAACCAGCUUUAUAUUUUAUUGUGGCCCUCCUGUGACUCCAUACACGCCCACGGACAGCACUUCCUAAAAAAUUUAUUUAAAAGAGUGACGGUUGGUAAAAGAGGGAAAGUCGCACCUAGAGGAUCAGGACGACAUAGUUGUGUCCACAACAGGUAAGACAAACAUAAAACUGAAACUAUGUUAUUUGGAAACAAGUUACAGUAAAUUGUGUCUACAAAGAGCAGCUUAAAGAGAGAGAUAGAGACAAAGUAGACGAGCGAGUUGAAAGUGAAACUAAGCUUGUCCUACGGAGGUAACAGGACGUGUGCUUUAGUUUUUGUUUAGCUUGACUAUUUCUACUUUAACUGCCUGUUAAGUCACUAUCUAUCCCAAAUAAGGGAACACAUUAAUGGUUGAACUUGAGCCACACGGGAAAUUUAAAGUUUUUGGAUUUUCUGUGAACGCUGCUGUGUCUGUGUUGACAAUGGUCAGGUGUGUUUCAUACAGUCUACAGCAUUACCAGCACCUCUGACUGUGGAGGAUCAUUGAACAGUGGAGAUAUCCAGAUCAACUAAAAAUGGCAAUACUUCAAAAUAAAUAAACAAAAGUUCUGCAUUCAGUAUAUCUUUUAAUUUAAACUACACAAGACAGUUGUGUUUCAUUAUGCUAUACUGACACAGUAAUGUGUUAAACUGAGACCAAAUCGUCUCUAGGAUUUGUUUCUCUGUGCAAUGUGUUUUGUGUUUUUCUCUACUCAUACAGCUGAUCACAAGCAACUACAUCCAGUAUUAGUGUUUCAUUUGUGAGGUUCAGUUUUGGAGGCUGAUGUUGUUUUGUUGAAACUACCCAUGGCCGUAACUUGUGCAGAUUUCCAGAUUUUUAUAAUUUUCCCAUUAAAUGCAAAAAUCAUUCCGCAACCUUAGUUGGUGUUUACCCUCAAGUUGCAUUCAUGUCAGCAUGGAAACAUCUGUACACAAUUAUGGAUUUUUUGAAAAGGUUAGCAACUGUUUCUGAGCAAGGAACCAAAGUACAAAUGAAAUGUGGUCUCAUAUUUUGAUACAGCUUGAAUGAGGAGGAGCUUCCUGUAUUUUCAAUGUUAGAUUUACAACAUUGCCCCACACACGAGUCUAACUCUGCUUAUUACCUUGUUGUUAUGCUAUAUCAGCAGCCAAUCCUCACAGACUUCGUUGCAAACCAGCUAUCCUCUCCACUCUGCAGCUGAUGUCUGCAGUUUCCUUGGCCCACCAUCGUUCUUCGUGUGUGUUUGAAGUUUGUCGUGUGAUUAUGUGUGAAUUAGCCAUUAGAAAGGGAGCACCGAGAGAGGAAAAAAAUAUGAGUCAUCUGAGUGUAGAUACAACACAAGCAAGGCUCUAGUCAGGAGAAAAUAACCUGGAUAAGAGCCAUAAAGCAAGUUUAAGUGUGGUAGUAGGACCUCGGUGCCUAAAAGCAGUGCAAGAGGUAAUAGGAGUUUUUUGUUUGUUUUGCAGUCUGUCAAGUGCAAAGGUGUUCAGUGAAGAGCUGGGUUUUUCAUCUUUUCUUAGAGACUGAGAGAGACUCUGCAGAUCGAACAGAGUUUGGUAACUCGUUCCACCACUGGGGAACCACAGAGGAGAAGAAUCUAGCUAUGGACUGGCCCUGGUGUGGUGGUUAUAUCAGGAGCCGUUUGUUGGCCGAGUGUAGUGAGCGGAAUUGAGUGUAGACCUGAAUAAGAGAGUUCAGGUAGGAGGGAGCUGUUUUCAUUCGAUUUUUGAAUGCAAAUGUCAGAGUUUUGAAUUUUAUGCGGGCAGCAACAGGAAUCCAGUGAAGCGAUCUGAACAGUGGGGUGACGUGCUGUUUCUGGCUGACUGAAAACAAAACGUGCUGCUGCAUUCUGGAUCAUCUGCAGAGGUUUGAUCGUGCACGAGGGGAGGAUUGCCAGUGAGGAGCUGCAGGAGUUGUUCUGCAAGAACACACAGGAAUGGUCUGAUCUUCCUAAUGUUGUACAGAAUGAAUCGACAUGACUGAGCAACAGAGGCUACAUGAACCUUGAAGGUUAAUUGGUCAUCGACCAUGACAAUCAGGUUUCUGACAGACUUUGUGGGUUUGAAAUGGGUUGAUUCAAGUUGGAUGUUGAUUUCUUGUGGUAUAGAGGGACUGGCUGGGAUAACAAGGAUCUCAGUCUUGAAGAGGCUGAGUUGAAGGUGACAGUGUGGUCAUUCAGUGGGGAACAACAGGAAGAGCUGGGUAUCAUCAGUAUAGCAGUGGUAUGAGAAACCAUGGGAGUGGAUUAUUGCAUCAAGUGAGGUUGUGUAUACUGAGAAGAGGAGAGGACCAAGCACUGAUCCUUGUGGAACACCUGUGGAUUGGCUGUGCAGUUUGGACACUUCUCCCCUCCAAGAUACUCUGAAGUAUCUCCCCUCCAACCAUCAGUAUCUCUCAAUGUACUGCAGCACAAUUGAAUUAUUCCAGUGCCACUAAUUGUCCUUUCAGACAUGGAAAGUCUCUGUGUGGACGAAAGCGAGGAGGCAGCAAUGCCUGUUGAGACUUCUUGUUCAGAUGGGAAAGAAUCUGGAUAUUCAGAAAUACAACAGACUGAAAUCCAGGAGACGAGUGACUUAGGGAACAAAGAAGAGGAGCGAGCAGUAUUUGCAAUGUCUCCGAGACGUGAAGAUUUUUCACCUCUGUCUGUUGAGACGUCUUGUUCAGAAGUCACAGAUUGUGGUUAUUCAGAAGAACAAUCUUCUCAGAGUGAACUGCCAGAUGCUGACUUGCUGACUGACCAGGCAUCAGUAUUGGCAUCCAACCCUUCAAGCCUGAAAGAGGUGGAUCUGACUAGACACUCUUUGAAGGAAUGGGAAGUGGAGCAGCUGUGUGCUGGUCUGGAGAGUCCACUCUGCAGGCUGGAGACUCUGAGACUGAGUCACUGCAUCUUGUCAGAGAGAUUCUAUGCUGCACUGGUCUCAGCUCUUGAGUUGAACCCGUCCUAUCUGGGAGAGCUAGACCUGAGUGGAAACAAGUCCCUGAUGGACUCAGGCAUGAAGCUGUUGUCUACUGGACUGGGAAGUCCACACUGCAGACUGAGGACUUUGAGACUUGUUUGCUGUGAAUUAACAGAGAGCAGCUGUGCUUCUCUGCUCUCAGCACUUGAGUUAAAUCCCAGCCAUCUGAAAGUGCUGGACCUGAGUGGAAACUGUCUGCGGGAUGCAGGAGUGAGGCUGUUGUGUGCUGGACUGAAGAAUCCAUUGUGUAGACUUAAAACUCUGGGGUUGGGCUCUUGCAGCUUGUCAGAGGACAGCUGUGAUUCUCUGGCCUUAACUCUGAAGUCCAAGCCUUCCCGUCUUGAAGAGCUAGACCUGAGUCUCAACCAGCUACGAGAUUCAGGAAUAAAGUUUCUGUCUGCUCUACUGAAGAGACCUCGCUGUAGGCUGAAGACUCUGAGGUUAGCAUGUUGCCUGUGCUCAGAUAAAGGUUGUGCUGCUCUGGUCUCAUCGCUGAAAUCCAGCAUCUCUAAACUGACGGAGCUGGACCUCAGUGGAAACAACCUGAAGCGUAAAGGAAUGAAGCUGCUGACUGAGUUUGUGAAAAGUUCAAGCUGUAAAUUGGAGACACUGAGAGUGGACUAUGGACGAAACUUGAUUUCAAGUGCCAUCAUUGAAGCAGAUGAAGAGAGAGGGGCUCAUUGCAAUGAGAGAGGAAUAACAGCGCGCAAGCUGCGUGAGUGGAGAAAGUGGCUACCACGUUCAUCACGUCCAUCACAUUCCAUAUACAGCAGACAAAGUGAGCUUCAUUCAAAAUGGUCUGGAUUGAGCAAAUCUGUAGGAUCAGUUCACCAUAGUGCUGUGGGUAACAAGCAAAGCAUUGACUUGCCCAUCUCCAGUUUGAUGGCUUUACCCAGUCUUCCAGAGUUGGAUGUUGAACUCCACCAACUUUCUGCAUUAAAACAGCAUGCGGCUUUACAUGCUUGGGACUGGGGUCUCACACUGCAUCCACACAUAACAACAACACAGACUGACUGGUUUAAGGACGAGGCAAAAGAGAUGAAGACCCCAUCACGGUUUACACCUGAUCUGGUUAAGGAAGAUGGAGUGACUUUGUACAGGUUCAAGGGCCUGUAUCCAGGUGUGUUCCAGUGCGAUUUGACUGGGCUGGUGCUUACAAUGACCCGUCAGGGGGAGGUAUUAUACCGGAUCAUCCAGUGGGAUGAGGGUCUCCUUCUCUCAGCUAAAAAGGUCCCUGCAGGUCCACUGUUUAACAUCCAGGGUUCUGAGGAUGCCGUCUCUCAGCUGCAUCUCCCACACUGUGAAAAACAACCCUCUGCACGUAAUGAGCUCCUGCAUGUGGCCCACAUCGAUGAUGAUGGAAUGAGCAUCCUUCAGCCAGUGGAGAUAACGGAUACUCAUGUGGUUGUGAGUGUCCCACACUUCUCUGCCUUUGGCUUGGUAUGGGAUGUGUUAAUAAGUCUUCUAAACAUCCAGAAACCGAUAAGUGGCCAAGUUCUGCUGUUCCACCGACUGUACACAAGGCAAACUCAAAAACUCAACGUUUUUCUACUGCCAGAAAACGUGCCGCUGCAAGAGGUAAAAAAGCAACAGGAAAAUGCAGAGUACAUCGAGGCUCCUUCUUCCUGUCACCUCGUCCCAGGCCAAACCUACAGUCUGCACUGUUCUGAGGCCCACAAAAUACAGCCUGAGUGUGCCUCAUUUGAAUUAAAGUAUGGACCAAAUUACCACCCGACUUUUGAGAUUCGGCUAACUCUGAGCACAGAGGAAGCAACUGUGACAGUCCGAGACCAUGAGGGGAGACAUGCCUGGAAGUAUCAUGUUGAACUAACUGGUUUAACACCAGCCUUGACCUCACCUGCCCUGUCUACCCCAUCUCCAGUCGGUGACCCAGCCUGGCUCCCAUUCCCAACUAAAGAAAGUGGUUCCACUUCAUGCUCAGCUUCAGGCUCAGUUCCUCUGUCGACUCAGCCUCCAGCCAGUGAAGCAGCUUCGCUCUCUGUACCAGCUGGAGACGAACGUCCAGAUUCGAGUAGACAAAAUCUACAGAGGACUCAGUGUUUCCCAGGGAAGGAGGAGGAGAAGCUGUUCUCUGUUCGGACAGAGUUUGUUAGCAGAGUGUCCACGUCUGUGAUAAGGGAUCUGCUCGAUAAGCUUCUGCAAGAGAGAGUUGUAAACAGCGGGGAAAUGGAGUCCUUACAAGAAAUGGCCAGGGCAGAAAAAGCAAGAGAACUGAUUGACAUGGUGUUGAAAAAGGGGCAACCGGCUUGUAAAAUUCUGAUUGAUGCUUUCUGUGAACUAGAUCCAUUUCUUUCUGAAUUACUGCAAUUAAAGUGAUGCACAUACAUUGAACAGUGGAAUAAUGAUAACAGUCUUAUAUCAAUGUUUUUGGAAAACUGGGCAUAAUGAGAGCGAUACACAGUUAAAAACUUGUUUUGAAGUUUUACUCUGAUACACAGAGUUUUUUAAACUUCAAAUGUAUUUAAUAAUGAGCCAAAAGCUGUGCCACCUUGACUGUCAGGCACGAGCAAUGCUGCCUGCUAACUGUUGACAUUGUUUUUGUCUUUGAACAGAUUGGCGUGAAUAUUUAAGUAAUCAGCUAAUUUUUGCACAUUGGACUGAAAGUUUAUAUUGCAAGCUGUGUUUUGUAAUAAAUAUUUUGUAUACAAUGUAUUUUUAUGUGUCAUAGUAAUUAGUAAUAAUUGCUAGUAAUUAAUAAUGUUGUUAGGUUGCCCUCUGGGUAUCCUGUUUUUGUCUCUCAAAACACCUUACUGUAAACCUUUGUUUUUAAAAGUUAUAAAGUUAUAAAUUAUUAUAA